AUGUCAAUCAGUAGCUCGCAAGCGCAAGCCACGAAGAGAACUACCAAAAAGUUGCCACCCGAUCCGCAUAGCAAUAUGCGUGUUUGGAUUCCUGUUUCUAUGAUUCGACAGGUCGAGCCUUGUCUUGCCAUUGACUAUGAAGCCAAGCAAGAGAAGAGCAUUCACAAAACCCCAGGAAGCGGUGUAGUACAGAGACAAGGGACGGGUAAAGCACAGGCCGAACCAGGCACUGAGGAGAGAAGCGAUGCUGGACCUCUCGCUUCCCCGGGACUUUCCAUUUGCGCACUGGGUCUGGAUCCUGAAGAAAGUCGUGCUGGUGACGAGCUACGAUCGCAAAAUCGUCUCGAGGAUAACACUCUAUCACUCCCUUCUACCUCUAUAUUUGCUUCUAUUUCGGAUGCCCAUCCGCCCAGCGGAUUCUUGUUUUCCAUGCCCAACCCUGACGAUCCUCUGGAGUUAGAGUUAGAGGAUGAGGAGGAUGCUAAUGGCACGCCCCCCAGCUGGUUCGAUCGGCCGUUCAACCAGGUCGUAGGGUUUCAUAAGAGGCACUCGCUAGACGACAAGCUUCACUGUUGGCUCCAAGCGGAGCUGAUAAAAAAAACAGAAGGUCGUAUUCACCAGCUUCCAAAGAAGAGGAAAGCGCAGUCGACUGCCACUCAAUCCCACUUCAUCAUCCCUCCGAGUCGCAAUGUCUCGCAUCCUCAUGAUCAGCCCUGCUUCAAUCCCAAUGUCUUGGAAGUCUUCAGCGAUUCCGAGGAAGAUGAAAUUUUCCGAUCGAUAUCCGUCUCCAUCGGGAAAUUUCCGAGGCCCCUGCCCUCUUUGAUGGUUAUUCCGAAGCACGCCCCCGCCCUUGGUGCGCACGCACCAAAGAGGCAGAGCUAUCAUCAACCUUCUCGCCAGCAAAAUGACCUAAUCGUGGACAAUGUGGAGAUGAUGAUCGACCUCACCUGA